AUGAGGCUGUUCUAUGGAUCAUCCCUACCUCCCGGGUUGGAGGGACCCACACGCGGCGAACUUCGUAUUCGAAUAGAGAAACUGCUCCUGAAGGAUGAUUUGGUCACUAGGGGCAUGUCGUCGGAUGUUCCCCACGCGGGUUCACGCCCAUACGCCGUUCCUGUUGAUCACUGUGCGGUGAAUCCAUUGUUUUGGGGUGAGCAGAAUCCCACGUGCCACUGCGUUCCGGCAACCCCUGGAAAGCCACGUGGUGUGGUGACACUUGUGUACCCAUUAAAAACGUAUGAGCCGCAAUUCAGGGAGUACCUCUUACACAUGAGCCAUUCCGAGCAAAAGGGCCUUCAGAUUUCUGUAUUUGUGCCUACUAGUUACAGUGGUCGGCAUCGAUCGAUUCCUGUAGGAAAAAGCAUCGUUGCAUUGGACACACUUAAACCCUCUUCUCCAGUUUCUGGGUGGUUUACCAUUGUGAGUGAUGGAGCUUUCAUUUCUUCGACUCCGUGUGAUAAAGAGAUGAAUCUCCCUGGCAUUUUAUUAGAAGUGGGGAGGCUGAAAAUGACUUUCACAAUGACCUUCUUUGCACGUGCACCCCUGUCACCUACAAGCCAUGCAUCCCGCAGCACUUACAAAACAUCCUAUGAGAAGAAUACAGAAAAGGAGAAAAUAGGAGGCAGCGAGAUGAUGCAGGAUGAAGCACGUGGUGAACAAGAGGUGCAGCCCGCGCAGGCUCCGCCAAUAGUCUCUUCCGAGUCUGGUGUCAUUGCUCCAAUUAACAAACAGCAGCUGCAACAGCACCAAGAAAAGCAACAGAGCCAUCAUCAGGGCCAUGGCGGUGCGACGGAUCAGAUCGCAAAAUCAUCGAUGAUGCAUGAGAAUGCGGGACCCGCCUUGGCAUUUGACCCUCGUCCGUCGUCAUCCCUCUUUCCUCCUACAGCAGCAUCGAUCAACUUUAAUCAAAAGAUGGCCGUAGGUGAGUUGCUUCAGAAGGGUAUUAGUCUGCGUGAUAAAAUGGCGCGGGUGCUAUCUCAUUCUACGAGUUUUGAGGAUAUGGCUCCCUCGUCCAAUUUUCUUACCUUUCAGCCACUGCUCAGCGUGCUUGGAGGUCCUCCAUCUUACAGUCUACCCCUUACUGGUGCUGAGCAUCUUCAUGGUGGUCUCUCGAUCCCACCUGGUUCCACUGAAAGUUCCGUUAGUUCAGCAAGUGUUGAGACCGUGGUGAGCGAUACAAAUGAAUUGGGUAUUGACGCCUCUCCUGCUGCUGGUGCAGGUGCGGACAGAGAAAAGUCAGGAGAGUGGUGUGAUAUUCCAACUGGAAAACGCCCUUUUAGAUUACCAUUCCAGUCUCCAGGAGUGUCCCAAAAAGAGGACACAUAUGUAGAAGUGGACCUCUCUCGCAUUGCCUUUUCUUCAGGGCGAGCAACACUUGGCAUGGAAGAGAUGCGCGUGGGCAUUCGUCUGUCAAGGGAUGUGAAAACCGACGAGCCCGUGGAAUCCUAUUCUUCCUACGUUCACCGCGUUCCUCUUGCUCGCGGAGCUGAACAUCACAUCAUAAUUGGCUUUUCAGUACGGUCAUUCAGCGAAGACAGAAGCCGAAUGGUCAUAUCUUUUUACCGGGUGCGUUCCGCACCCGUGGCAAACCCCCCUGGUGAGCUAUUGUUGCCUGUGCCCGCUUCAGCGCAGCGAGUGCUUGUGGAAGAGAUACUGUUAGGAAUGUGCAUCGUUGGUCUGCAUAGCCAAUCAAGGGAUAUUGUUCUUCAUGACCCCAUCAGCGGUGAAGAUCCGACGCAGGCCCAUUUACGCGUGAGCACCCGAAGCGGUAAGAUGCCCUUGCCGGAAGACAGUCGUCCUAACGUGGGAGCCGCCAAGGAAGGAGAUGCAAAGAACCCUACCUUAAGGUUGGAGGGAGGAGAAAAGAGUCAGGUGCUCGUGAAUUCCGCCGAGCGUCAUAGCCCAAUUGAAACUCAACGAGGCACUAAGACCAUUAGACCUAAGGUGAAGUAUUCACACAUAAAGCAGAGUGAUGUGGAUUUACGGAGUUCUUCUUCGUCUUCCUCCUCCUCCCCCUCUUCAUCACCUCCAUCGUCAUCGUCUAUAGAAAAAGUACCACGAAAAGUAAAGGUGAACGCUAGUGGUGAUGAAGGAAUUGGUGCUAGUAGUUGUACUGGUCAUGGUGAUGGACGUGGUGUGGCGCCCGAGCCGAUCUACGCUCAUGAACAGCGUCCUUCUAAUUCUCUUACUGCUCCCAUUCCGAAUACCAUGAUGACAAAAGCAGCUGUUUCGAGUGUGGACCAGUGUUUGUCCCCCGUGGAAUUGGGUGCUUUGAUGGACCUUCAUGCACCAGGAAGUUGUGAUGGGAAGAAAGUUCUUUCUUAUGCGAGCGACGCAAGAAUGGCAGAUACGUACUUGGAUCAGACUUUGAAGAAACCGGCCCUAGAACGGUUUCGUAUUCAUGUCUCGAUACGUGCUGGAAAAGAGCUACCGAUGGUGACAAUAAGCCAUGAGGGUUUCACGUCAAUAUCACCUGUUGCCGCGGCGGACCAAUUAGACAGUGGCGUACGCUCUGCAGUCACAUCUGAUGGAAGUCUUAUUCUUGUGGACAGCAAGCAUCGUGUCUUUAAACCUCCUACAACAUUUUUUGUUGUUGAAGAUCUCUUUAAUGGGGUGGAUUCCCGGGCGGCAUCCAGGGGAAUCGUGCCGGAUUGGUUUGUGGAAGCCGCUGUGCGUGGAAAAUUCGACCGCACCUUAAUAGUGCCCGAGUCUCAGAGUCCACAGUAUGAUUAUGAAUCUAUUUUGUCUAUUCCCCGAGAGGCAGUUUUCCUACGGCAUGCUGUUAGCGGCAGUCAUGCCACUUUUCGAGGCGCAUCUACACUUCUCUCAUUGGACGACACAAUUUCCAAGGCGUCAAAUAGUGCCUUUUGUUUGCGAGAACUGCGUCUGACACUGUGGCAUGCCGUCACCGAGACAAGCGUGGCGUCAUCCCCUGAUUGGAAGAAUGAUGAGGAACGCUUCUGGGCCCAAACAGCUCUACUGGGCGAGUGCCGGGUAGAUCUUCGCUCAUUGCGCUUCCUAAAAGUACUUGAUGGAUGGUACCGUAUCAACGCCAUUGAUAGAGUGGAAGAAGUCGUUGGGUACGUCCGCGUGAGCGUGCGGCUGCUUUAA